AUGAACAGCAUAUUGCUCGGAGCACUUCGUGAGCACUCGGAACAAUUUGCGGCGGGUGCAAUCAAAUCGCCAUGGGACUAUUUUGAAUAUAGUGUAAAGCUCGUACUUGCUCGUUGGACAGCGUUGCGAAUGGCAAUAGAAGGUGAAUGGGGUGGUGGUGAUACUCGUCGAAAGUAUGAAAUUCUGCUUGAGGAGAUUCUAAAUGUAUUCAAAUACAACAAAACAGUAUACGCCGACGCCAUGUCCGACAAUAUUGGUGGCUACGUAGAGUCAGAAUUUGGGCUGAUUUGUGAAGAUGGUAGCGUUGAGGAAAUAUCGACACUACUCACGGUCUUGGCGGAUGAGUGCAAGAAAGCACAGUACGACCGUGUUAAGGCUAUGCACGAGCAGGUACAAUCGCUGAUUCCCAUUGACCUCAAGGCUGCCAAGGUCAGGACACAAAAUGAUGACAUUUUGAAUGCCGAAGAUGGUAAGCCGACUUUAACUUCUAUCAGUGAGGACGAUCCAGAACCUUUGGUCGACGAAGAUGGAUUUAUUAGUAUUCGGCGUUCUGGCCGUCGAAAAGCACCCACAAAGUUUUACGACCCAUUGGCGGAAUUUCCAGGCGCAGCAUAA